AUGUUCGGUCACAACUGCGAUCGAGGACUUCGUGCCUCCAGACAGUCACGAGAUCGUGCCCAAGUCCGACCGAUCGUGCCCAAGUCCGACCGAUCGAGCUCGAACAUAUAUAAGUACGGCGUCAAGGUGAAACACAAGACCUCCGGCAAGUGGUCUUUCGCAUGUUUCGGGAGUGCAUUUUGCCGGGCGAACGUGGCCAAGGGCAUCUUCAUCGCCAUCGGCGAGAAGCCGGCAUCAAAUGCUAACGACCAUAUCAAGGCUCAGCACAACGCAGGCGAGCCGUGUCGUCUGCCAUGUACACCCCAAGACCAUGCGCGGUUUCUGGCCAUGAACUGGGUCAAGUGCAACAUCAUCGAGGGUUUCUGCCCGUUGUCUCAUGGCGAGAAGGAGUGGGUGCGAGCGAGCUUGAAGCUGACUGCUCUCAAGAACUUCCCCAUCACUGGCAUCCACAACAAGGCCGUCAAGCAGAUGAUCGGCGGCAUGCGGCUUCUGCACCACAACCUCGACCUAUGGGUGGACAAGUUCUCGAGCUUGAAGUACAUCGGUAUUCGGCUGUUCUACGCCGACCGGACCUGGGUGCUGAGGUCUCGCCUCAUCGCAGUUCGACAGUUCAACCCCACCAAGGAGCUACUCGAGGACAAUCGCCUCUCGGCUCUUCUGCAGAAGUACCUCGAGAGCGUGCUUGAGGAGUACGGCCUCGACGUGUCACUUCUCUUCUCUGCGACAAGCGACGCCGGCAGCGACGUGAAGCGACUGUGCGACGUACUGCUGCCGGGGCUGUGGGAGUGGUGUGUGUGCCACAUGAUCAACUGCGCGUUGGUCGAGGCGUUCGGGACGCACGUGGAUCCGGCCAAGUCGGGAAACCCCGGUGCACGCAAAGUGAUCACGACGGUGAAAAAGGUUGUGGAGCACAUCCGCAAAUCUCCCAGAGCGAAGGCCAUCUUCGAGGAGGAGCAGGUCCAGCAGUACGCGCAGUGCUACCACCGCAAGCUGGUCAACGCCGCACCCCAGCGGUGGUCAGGGGUGACAAACGUCUUGGAGGCGGUCAUCGUCAACCGUGCAGCCAUAGACGGCGUGUACACGGCGGAAGGCAAGGACAGUCCGCUCACGUCCCUGACGGAAGAGAUCGACGAGUUGUACUCCAUCAUCAAGCCGGCCGCGCAAGUCAUCGUCAAGUGCCAGCAGACGUCUGUCCCUACCGGGCAAGUUGCGGUGCUUGCCCUGGCGGCGCUCAAGCUCAUUACGCUCAACGUCGACUCCCCGCUCGAGAUUUUGACCCCGGCGCGCAAGCUGGCUCAGGCUGAGACAAGCGGCAUUGGUGGCGGGGAGCGACCGGCCACCAGCACUCCCCGCGAGCACAGCUUGUCGACUGGCGUGGCCAAGGGUACUCGCCAGCACAUAUGCGAGUCCGUUGACUGGUGGUGGUUCGACAAGCGCUACAAGAGUGCCGAGAGCCAAGACACGGACUACGUGUCGACAUGCAGAUGGCCUUGCACCCGACCACGGCUGACCUGCGCGGCACUCCACACGGGGGAUGUAUCAACGACGCCUGCCGGGUCUGCUGCUGCCGAUGAGCCCGCUGCCAAACGUGCUCGUCAAGCGGCUGCUCCCGGGAGCGUGCACCCCCUGUUCAAGGCCCCCGUCAACAAGAGGGAGGAGGCGACUACAAACAUGUAUGCCAGCCUCGGCCUGUUUGGGCCAGGGGGUGACGAGCAGAACGAGGAGCCGCCGUCUUUCGAACAGACUGCUCGAGCCGAACUCACCAACCUGAGGGCUGUCCAGGGCGGCAGUCUCGCGCCUGGGUUGAGUUGCGAGGAUGUGCUCAAGUGGUGGAAGAUGUGGGCCCACGCCUACCCGCUUCUGGCUAGGGUUGCACGCGUGGUUUUCGGGGCUCCUGCAUCGGCGGCAGUGCUCGAGCGUGAUUUCAGCAAUGCUGGGCGAAUGAUGACUUCCUCCAGGAGCACCAUGGACAGCAAGUAUGUGGAGAUGAUUAUGUUCCUGCACGGGAACCUGGACCUCAUCCCCGAGGACAUCACCAAGCUGACCGAGGCUGCUGCACGAACGAAGAUCCCCGGGCGGUUGGCGAACCCCGUCGAGAGGCUGGAGCAGCUCGACGGCGUUUUCGCGCCGGUGGACCUCACCGAUGAGGAGGCGUCGGAUUAAAAGCUUGGGGCAGUAGCAUGGAGAAGGGUGGCGCGGUUGCGCUUGAUGGCGGUCAGGCCGGCCGCAAGAACGAGCUGGCUGCCGAGAGGUCGUGGGUGGAUGUUUGAUCUUUGCAGAUACUUUUUUCUUGUCGCUUCGAUUGACUCAUCUUGUUCAUUUACGUCUCGAUGACGGUGGCUCAGAUACAUGCACGCACUAUUGAUUCGAGGAUGCACGUUUCCGGAACCAAUCUUAAUCUUCCAUCCAAUGACAUCAGGCUGGGCUCCCUCCGAUCCCCCGCCCCCUCACUUUCAAGCGCAAAAUGUUCAAUAUAGUUGUCAGGACAAAUAUAAAUAGUUGACAAAGAGUUGCCUCCGGGAGUACCGUAAUCACCGGGGUCUUGGCACACUGUGCGGUCGCUUUAUAAAUGUUUCGAACUUCAGACUUUUUUCGCACAGGUGUGCGAAGACCCCGAUAUGUGCCAAGUUCGCGGUACCUGUGCGGAAAUGCGGUUAAUAUUUUGGUUCUAAGAAACAACGCACAUCUCUGUGCCAAGACCCCGAUAUGUGCGGUGCUGUUUAAAUCCAAAGCGGCUGGUACGGCAACUUUCGAACGCACACCCCUGUGCCAAGAUCCCGAUAUGUGCGAUCCUAACAUUGAAAACCACAGGUGAUAGCAGCGCUUCGCGUGUACGGUAUUGCUGCAACACGAUCACAACACAACCAACAGACAAGCUAGUAGCUACACCAACAAACGAGUCUCGGGGAAUUGCCACCACAACAGUUCCGUGGCGGAGAAAUACCGGCGGAAAAUCGGGAAAAUGCCCGGGACGGAGCUGCGGGCUCGACCACACGCAACACGCGGCUACGAUGUCGGAGGGUGCAAGCGCGGGACCUGCCGACGCCUCACAGGCCUCACAGGCCUCACAGGCUAGUGCUGGCGGUCCUUCCUCUGCGGAUCAGGGAGCUGCCGCUGCGGACCCGAAGGCAACCGGCGAGGCUAUCGAUGAAAUGCUAGCCGCCAACGAUCCCGUCAACACAGCAACGGCAAACGCGCGUACCCGGAUCUCAACUUCCCGAUCGAGCGGUCAGGAGCAGUCGGAGGGAAAGGGAGCUACCCCAUCCGGU